CUCGACGACCAAUGGUGUAGCCUACAUAUCUAUGACAGCUACCUCCUACUUCGCAUAAAAGCGAAAGUGAAACUGACAGGCGGUUCGAACUAUUGAAGCUGCAGAUUUUACAGAUAGCUUAUAGGCUACAUGUCACACCGACCACGACUAUGAACGUAACCUCUCAGAGCAUGAACGUAAUGUUCUCCCUCUAUUUAAAACAGGGACGAUACAGCUGAGCUGAGCGCCCAGCGCAGAAAUAUGAUUCUGAAGUCCCUGCUCGUGCUUCUGAUAGUCGGCGAACUGAGGAUCUCAAGAGCAGAUGAAGGUUGUGGACCUCCGGAACGGUUGAACCACACCAAACCGAUAGCACAAACCAACAGCAAGUUUCCAGUGGGCCACAAACUGCGUUACGAGUGUGAACCUGGUUUUGCGAGGAAAGCGGGAACAUCAAGUCAGAUCGUAUGCAUAUCAAACUACACCUGGGAUUCAAAACUGAAAUUGAUUUGUAUCGCCAAACCUGUUGUAUCUGAACCUAAACCUGCACCCACUCCGAAGAAAACACCAACAACAACAACGACUCCCGAGUACACAACCUCGACUGAGACCUCGCCACUCCCUACUGUAGCACAAACAACAACCACCCCUGUGACCACCUCAGGGACGCUGCACACCACCACACACACCAGCUUAGCACCCAAAGCUAUCGCUAGAACAACCACCAGAGCCACCAGAACAUCAAUCACAUUCCCAGGCACCACCACAUCAACAACAACCACAACCACAACAACAACAACAACAACAAUAACAACAACAGCAACAGAAGCAGCCCCUUGGGAGGAGAGAGAGGCCACAGGGGCCAGUGUAAAGUCAACCAGUACAGGCAGUUCUGUCCCACAGCCUCCUAGUCCCUCUCCCAGUUCCCUACUAGAUUCCAGUAGUUUUGGAUCACACUCCAACCAGGUUGCUGUAGUGUCUGGAAGCGUUGUAGCAGUGGCUGUAGUUGUCACACUGACGAUCAUCCUCUGUGUUCUGCACUCAAAGAAAAUCCUGCUAUUGCCAUUCCCAAACAGGCGACCGACAUACCACACAGAGCCAGAAGUUGCCAUGGCGACACAACCCAACACAGACACCCACCCCAAUAGUGGUACCCCUCUGUGUGAAGCGGUUAUAUCUGACUCUGAUGAUCCGCCCUAUGAAAACAGAGAAUCUUUUUACUGAGACUAAGGUGAACAUGGACUUAACCCUUAUGUCACUUCGCUGAUGCCUUCAUCAUAUUACAUCUUCUAUUAGCGGAACGAGAGAGCGGGACAAAUCCUGUGCAAAAGUGCCUCUCAAUGCAUGUCAUGGUCCUAUAGUGAAUGUGCAUGCAGUCAAAUGACUGAUCAACAGCAAAUGGUAACGUUACCGCAAGCAGAACAAACUACAUGGUAGGGCUGAAACGAUUAACUCGAACAAUUCGAUUUCAAAAAACGAUAGAGGAAAAUGAUCCGCCUUGAGGCUUCGUUUAAUUCCGAUCACUUUUGUGGCCUGCUCAGCUCAGGGAUCCCUAUUUCACACGGACUGUUAUUACUGACACUCACACAACUUUCAGAAUUAAUGAUGCACGAUGACAGAGAGCCAAGAAACCAUCCGUAAAAUGCAGAGAAAUGUCCAGAUUUCUGGGAAAAGAAGACAAGCUGCAAUGUGUCUACUGCAAAGCAGACCUGACGUACCACAACAGCAGGUCAACGGUGCUUCAACUUCUGAGCCGAAAGCAUCUAGUUGUUCACACCAGCUCACCAAGGGUAGCCGACAAAAGGCAACGUAAACAUUGAUGUUAGCUAAAUGUAACAGCUAGUUUGAAUGUAUGUACAAUAUUUGGUGUCAGCUGUGAUGUCGUUAGUCGAUAUGAAGUUAAGUUGUGGAAAUUUUAAGUAGUAAACUAAUUCAUGUCAAAUUGCAAGUGAGCAAUACACCAGAAAAGUGUAUUGCAGUUUUGGAGUUUUGCAGUUCUUAUGCAGGAAAUACAGUAUUUUGGACAUGAAAAACUGCAUAGUAGCCUCCAGUACUUUAGUGCUGGAAUGCAGUAUUUUGGACAUGACCGACCAUACUAAAGUACUGCACUGUAUUGUAGUAUAACUGCUAGGGGUGUCACGAUACCAAAAAAUCAGUAGUCGGUGCCAAUACCAGCAAAAUUGCACGAUUCUCGAUGCCAAAUUCGAUACUAUCGUAUAAAAAAAGGAUUUUCUAAAAUCCCAUGUACUUAAUGAAUUUCUUUAAAUAUUUGCAGAAUACUGAAAUAUAAUUUCUACAGUGCAUAACAGAAUACAGUAUUCAAUUGCAAGCAUAUCACAUAGGCUUACACAUAAUUAAUUCAAUCACUUUUCUAAUGGAUUGUAGCCUACUGUAUAAAAACCAACAACUUGCAUCGCCUUUAUCGCUUUGCUUUUAUAUAAUGUGAAUGAUUUUUUUUACAAGAUGCAAAGUCUUUAUUUGAAACACACACACAUUCUGUAACUAUUCAUACAUUCUAUAUACUGAAAUUUCUGAUCUUCAUAACAGCAAACUUUAUGCAGAUUAUAGCCAACUAUUCAUAUUACAACUCCACCUCUUAAAUUCAGCCGUCUGGUUGAAGCCUCAAAAUAUUGUAAACAAAGUAGCAGGCUAAUCUUAUCAUAGGCUACUCUACUGGUUGGACUGUUCAGUAUCCCCACUUGUGUUUAAGUUUCAAGGUAAGCUACUUUUUCUCCUUGGGACAGGCCCUUUUAAGUCUUGGAGUUGAAAAACAUUGGUAUUGAGAUGGUCAGUCAACUUGAAUGCAAGUUUUAAUCAAAUGUCUGCUGCAUAGCCUGCUAAUGAUGCUAACCGGAUUUUAAACAGCAAUUUAGCUAGUCGUCUUCUGUGCGUCAUUGCGUUCACGAUUGUGAAUGUUUUAUUUGGAUUAAAUGUGCAUGUCGUGGGCGGGUGUCCAUUGACCACGCACGAGAGCGGGCCAAGGAGAGUGAGUUUACUUCUACUGUUUGGUAAAGUUGCACGCAUAGUCUACAAACGAUGUGGAAGAAGAACUAUCCACCCGGGCAGCGUCAGGUGCAUCAGUACGACCACGCUUCCAGGAAUGAUUGGUUGGUUUUCAUGGAGACAGACGCUGUGUGCACGGGGGGGACUGUGUGUGUGUGCAUGCAUGAGAGACAGACGCGUGAGUGACAGAGAGGGAGAGCAGGGAAAGGAAAUUCAGCGUAACGAAUGUUGCGUGUUUUUCAAUAGCGUUGAAAAAUAGAUAAAUAAAUAAAAUAAAAAGUAACGAAACCAUAUGUGGCGGCCGGUGCUGAAUCUGUGGCGCAUCGCCUCAAAUUAGUCUAUGUGUGGGAAACACUGUAUUGCCCCCAUCAGUUCCGGAAGAGUCGCAGCACCGAUGCUUAUGCUGGCGUCGGUGCUUACGGUGCUUCGAAAAAAUGGGCAUCGCCGGUGUUUUUUAAUUUUGGAAUCGAGAGGUAUCGCAAGUAUCGGUUCUCGUGACAUCCCUAAUAACUGCACUGCACUUCGAAAAACUGCAGUUAUUUUUUGUAAGGGAGGUUAUUUGGUGGUAAUGGUAAAUGCUGCAGAUGUAUAAAUCUACAAAAAACAAAUAUAUUAAUUUACUUUGAAGUGCCGAGGACUAGUUUACAGCAUGACAUUCGUUGUGCAUAUUGAUAAACUGCACUUAAUAACGCAAAACAUUUUUGUUAUCCGAUUACUCGAUCAAUUGAUGAAAUAAUCGCUAGAAUACUCGAUUCCAAAAAGAAUCGAUAGCUGUAGCCCUGCGACAUAGGAAUGAGGUCAGGUCAGACCUGUGAGUACAAUCAAGGUAUUGAUUAAUACCAGAUGUUAAUUUCAAUACAGAACAAGCUAUUUAGGAAUACGGCCAUAUACACUUGAUGUCUUACAGUACCAAUCCUGUCAGUGUUCUGCCAGCUUGAAUUGUGUUCCAUUUUGUCACUGUUGCCUGCACAUAUCCCUGAUUUGAGCUGCUACUAAUAAUAAUUUUCAUGUCAAUUAUUUUUCCAAUUAGUUAAUGAAUUGUUAGAGCCCUACAGUAAUUCUAGUCUCAGUAUCUCCCAAAUCUUUGUGACCGAAAAAAAAAAAAUCUUGUGCCUUUAAACAUGUAAUUGUUUGAAUUAUCAAGAUACAUGAUUUUGAUAUUUUCAUGUCUGGGAAAAGUGUGGGAUUAAAUGGGCUAAAGAAAUGAAAAUCCCUAUUCCCAAGCAGGGCCAACUCUGAUGUGGAUUUUGGUUCUACGGUACCCUGCGGCAAGCAAUGGGUUUGCCGUCGUUAGAGUAAAGUGAGGUGGCCACACGGCGUGCUCCAUUUCUGAACUCAAGAUGAGAUACUUGGAUUCCAUUGUUUUCAGCACAAAUCCACAAACCAGCACCACACCUUUUCACCGUUAUCAUGUUAAGUAGGCCUACUGUAUGAUUCAGUAUGAUUAUUUUUGUUCCCGCCACUCAAUGAAACCCAUUGUUUAUCAAAUGCUUGUCAGUUAAUGAUUUUUUAACAGUUCCAGUUUAAAUGUUUUAGCACUUUCAUGUUUGCAACUUGGCCUACCUUCUCUGAAAGUUAGUAUUUUCCUUACAGUUCAUAUCAGUAGAACCAGAGGGUUAAAGCGGAGUAAUGAAGGAUCUUUGGUAGAACUGCACAAUUAGCCAUGCCAAAGUUACUGUAGCAUCAAAGAUUGUCUAGUUACUAAGCUGAAUCAUAAAGGGAUUUUCCAAAAAUGGCACUAUUUCCUGCCUCCUAUAGGGGUGUGGUCAGUGACAAAAUAGUUGUGGUGGUUGAUGAAAGAAGCAGUGUGCCGUUGAGAACAGACGGCCUGCGCUUAAUUAGUUGAGACAGAUACAGAUCAAAGUUAUUUUUCUAUUUAUUUAUCUUGCUGGAAAAUACAAUUUCAAUGUGGGAAUGUUAGAAAGACGUGUGGCUUGUAGAAUAUGGGUUCGUAACUUACAUCACUGAAAGAAGGGCUAAGGGAUUGGUCAUAAUCCGAUAUGUUUAUUUAUCCCAUAGAAAUACAUUGACACUGGCCCUCCCGAUUGACUCCUAAAGGGGAGUGGCAGUCGCGAACCCGACAUCACAAUGAUGCCAAAAUGUACCCUCUUAUGAAUCAUAUCGCUUUAGAAACCGUCUCUGUUAGCAUGAUUAAUUAUGCAUUCAUUAUUAUAUUCUACUCAUUUGUUUUGUUGGCACAGGUGUUCCCUGAUUGUCAAGCCCGUUUCCAUAGCAAUGUUAGUGCUUCCUACACUGUAAUUACAAAGGUCAAUCAGGUGUCAAAAUGUGUUAAAAUUAUUUUUUCCAUCUUAUCCUCAGGAAUGCUUGGAAUAUUUUGUCUGUAAGUCUGUUAGCCAGCAUUAGGACGCACACAACUUGGGCAACAGGGAGUCUUUGUUGGUUGCACCACAGUGUUCAGAUGUGUUAUCAUAUGUGGAAUAUUUUAAUCUUUUGUGUUUGUGUGUUUUUGUUGUUGUUGCUUUUUCAAAUUGUAUGGCUAAUGGAUCACAAUGUAUUGGAUAAUGAUGUAUAAUGAUAUUAUCAAUAACAUGCAGACAAUUGAUUGUGAUGUACAGUAGAUGUUGAUGAAGGCUUGACAAUGAUGAUGAUGAUGAAGAUAAAGUUGUUUAGACAUGCAAGUAAAAGCUAAACACAAGUUACUUGUAUGCACGAACCUUUUGACUUCAAAAAUACAUACAGUACUUGGUUUUUGUGUUUUUUUAGCUUGAAGUAAAAAUUGUUUUAUUUUUUUUUAAUAAACAGGCUUUUCUAAUA